AUGACGGGCUUAAUAUUCGUGACAAUCGAUUUCCCGCCCAUUGAGAGCGUGGGCCGGAAGUACUUGCUCGCGUGGAAGAAGAAGCGCGACAAGUACGACAAGGCCGUACUCGAGCACUCGAAGGCGACGGGUGUCCCGGUCAAGGUCUACAACAAGAAGUGGAUUGACUCGAUCGAGCGCGAUCUCUUGGAGACGGUGUGUAUGCUCAAGUGGGAUAUCGACAUCGACGACCUGACGGAGAAGGAGUUUCAACGUCGCUUGACGGAGUUGAUGCAUGAGCGCGCGAACGAUGGCACACACACAAACACUCACACGACCGACGACUACGUCGCUUUCUUUAAAGGGCUCAAGAUCAAGUACGACGCGGACGAAGACGUCUUUGGGCAGGUGGCCAGCUUCAUCACGGACGCUCAAACGAUCAUCGAGACCCAUGCCCUGCAAGAAGACAUGAAGACCUCGGGGCCGCGGAGAGCAAUCCUCAAGAUCAUCACGGAUCAGCUCGAGCCCGCGCAGCUGCGCAAUGCGAUGCGUGACGUGCUACGCAUCCACAACCGCUCGAGGCUCAAAUGA